CAUCAGGACGACGGCGCAUCGAGCAGGAAGUGAUGUGCGAUAAUAAGCCCGAGAGCACGACGAUUGUGCUGGGAUCCCCGGCUUGGCCUGCAGAACUGAUGGGCACGGCGCGUUCGUGCGAGAAAAGCAGGGUCGGGGUAGCCUCCGCGCCGCUGGUUGGAGGCAGUCGAGGAGCCUUCCCCACGCUUCCCCGAGGGACUCUCCCCCCAUGGCACUGUCAACCCCCCGGCCGGCCUGGUCCUAACCCCCUAGGUACCUACCCGUACAGCCAGUCUGGCCGGGGAGAGCAGAGUACAAAUACGGGAGCUCGCCGCGCUCGCACCUUGGUAUCAGCGAGACGCUCCCUCUUUCUGUCCCAACCAUUCGCUCGGGCUCGACGGAAGACAGCGGUUGAGGCCCUGUACCUGAUUGACGGGCUUGAUCGAACAAGCAAGAAAAAAAGUGGUGUGCCUCUAGGCUCAAGUGGCCUUGGCUAUGGCGGACAAGGAGACAAUCCAGCCACACCCUGACGGGUCUAGCGGCGCCUCAGAAAAGGGCGUCCGCGUCGACAGCCAUGGCCCGGGCAAGCAGCAUGUCGAGACGGGCACUGGCGCCGGCGUCGACCUCGAGGCGCUCAACAACAAUGCCGAGGCCCGCAUCACGAACCCGCUCGCCGGCAUCCCGCUCGAGCAGCUAAUGCGCGACGUCGAGGCCUUUUGCGAGCAAAAGGGCCUGUCAGAGCACGUGGCCGUCUUCAAGAAGGGCGCCCUCGUGGCCCAGGACCCCGCCAGCUACGACAGCCUGCCCGGCGAGCACGCCCUCAACACGGACGAGGCGACGGUGCUGCGCAACGAGGUUGAGCACAAGUGGCGCCUCCCCUGGCGUCUCUUCCUCACCAUCUUCACCUGCUCCAUCGGCGCCGCCGUGCAGGGCUGGGACCAGACGGGCAUCAACGGCGCCAACCCCUUCAUGAAGGUCGCCUACGGACUCAACGACGGCUCGGAUCGGAGCGAGCUGAUCCUGGGCCUCGUCAACGCGGCCCCCUACUUCGCCUCGGCCCUCGUCGGCUGCUGGCUGUCAGACCCCUUCAACAACUGGUUCGGCCGCCGCGGCACCAUCUUCAUCUCGGCCCACUUCUGCCUCUGGCCCGUCAUCGGCUCCGGCUUCUGCUUCCGCUGGCAGGACCAGUUCGCCUGCCGCAUCCUCAUGGGCCUAGGCAUGGGCCUCAAGGGCGCCACCGUGCCCAUCUACGCCGCCGAGAACUCGCCCGCCUCCAUCCGCGGCGCCCUCGUCAUGUCGUGGCAGAUGUGGACAGCCUUUGGCAUCUUCCUGGGCACCGCCAUCAACGUGGCCGUCUACAACCACGUCUACAACUGGCACCUGAUGCUGGCCGCCCCCUUCAUCCCCGCCGUGCCGCUCGUCACCCUCAUCUUCUUUUGCCCCGAGUCGCCCCGCUGGCUGAUGAAGAAGGACCGCUACGUCGACGCCUGGAACGCCAUCAACCGCCUGCGCUUCAACCAGGUCCAGUGCGCCCGCGACAUGUACUACAUCCACUCCCAGCUCGUGCUCGAGCACCAGGUCGUCGGCGACAGCGGCUACCUCACCCGCUUCGUCGAGCUCUUCACCAUCCCCCGCGUCCGCCGCGCCACCCUGGCCGCCUUCACCGUCAUGCUGGCCCAGCAGAUGUGCGGCAUCAACAUCAUCGCCUUCUACUCGACCUCGGUUUUCAAGGAUGCGGGCUCCUCCGAGUUCGAGGCCCUGCUCGCCUCACUCGGGUUUGGCCUGGUCAACUGGCUGUUUGCCUUCCCGGCCUUUUGGACCAUUGACACAUUCGGCCGCCGUUCCCUCCUCCUCUUCACCUUCCCCCAGAUGACCUGGACCCUCCUCGCCGGCGGCCUCUGCACGCUCAUGCCGCAGAGCACGGCCCGCACGGCCCUCGUCGCCCUCUUCGUCUACCUCUUCGGCGCCUUCUACUCGCCCGGCGAGGGCCCCGUGCCAUUCACCUACAGUGCCGAGGUCUUCCCGCUGUCGCACCGCGAGGUCGGCAUGGGCUUCGCCGUCGCCACCUGCCUCUUCUGGGCCGCCGUGCUGUCCAUGACCUUCCCGUGGCUGCUGCGCGACGCAAAGGUCGUCGGCGCCUUCGGCAUGUACGCCGGCCUCAACGUCGCCGCCUUCAUCAUGAUCUUCCUCUGGGUGCCCGAGACCAAGCGCCGCACGCUCGAGGAGCUCGACUACGUCUUUGGCGCCCCGACCUCAAAGUACAUCCGCUACAACGUCUGCGAGGUCCUGCCCUACAGCUUCAAGCGCUACGUGCUCUUCCAGAAGGGCGCCACCCUCCGCUCCUUCUACAAGGACGAGGAGCGCCACCGCGAGCGCUCUGCUGCCGCCGCCGCCGACGCCCCUGCCCGCGACGUCAAGGCUUGAGCGUGAAGGUGUUUGUGCGGUGCGAGUACGGAUUUGUCCAUGUGGUGAAUCCUGAUGAGGGUUUUUCUUUUUAUUCCGAGGUCUUUUUUUUCUUCUUUUUGGUUCCAUGAUAUCCAUGAGGAGACUGAUGAAGGGGGGUAGCCAUCAGCGGCGAUCUUUAACCACCUUAUACCCACGUAUUUCGUUCUUUUGGCACACUACACACUACUUUGUGCAUCUUUGAUGCUACUAUACCUGGAUAAAUAGCUUAUAUCGAGCUACAUAAUUUCAGAUGUUCCAAUGAUGCAUAUUAAAUCACCCGUAGCAUCACCGAACCAGGGCGGAUUGUGC